CGACAUCCUACGUUUAAUUGACAAACUGCGCGUACUCGUACUUGUUCGUAUGCGACUUGCCACUACACCACGCCGCAGUUAGGAGCAUUGCCUCACAAUGUCCAUACAAGUUCCAUCCGUUCUGCGUUUUCAUAUACGUUUCUUUCAAGUAAUCGGUUGUUUCGAUGCCUCGCUGAGCACACAACCAACGCAACAGCGGAUCGUCGAACAACGUCUGGUGGUUUGGACAUUUCUGCUGUUGCUCAUUUUCAGCAUGACAACUGUGAAUACCAUUUUAUGUCCCGAUGCAUUCCUCUUCACCGGCAAUCGUUUCGGCUAUUUCAACGAUAUGCUGAAAGUGUGCAUUGCACAAAUAACGGUGUUCAUCAUCUACACGGAAACGGUGUUGGGUCGCUAUGCGCUGCGCAACUUUUGGCAACUUUACGCGUUGUUAAAUCAAAAAGCAGAAGUAGCAGAGAAGUUAACAACACCUAAACCUCAUUGGCCGCUGCAGUUGUGUACAUAUCGUCGAUUUUUAUGUAUUUUCUAUGGCAUUACAAUAUUUGACAUAAUAAUCGAGAUAUUAUUUCAUGCCAUGCGUCCGGCUGGAGAGGAUACCAUGAUUGUGAUGAGAUUCUGGUUUAUGUUUACACCAUAUGUGUAUAUGGCCCACUGGCGGAAUAUGCAGAUCAUACUGCAUAUCGAUGUUAUACGACACGAACUCGAAAAGCUACGCAACGACAUUGCACUGCUGGCCGAGUACACGCGAUUUGCACGUCGUGUGGUGCCUUUUGUGGGUUUCGAGAGUUUCGUACGUCAAAAGUUGGCCGAAAAACAGUUGGUGUUCCAGCAUAUCUACGAAAUGCUCUAUUUUUUUCAGCGCGCCUUCAGUGUGUCCACCAUGGCCGUGCUGCUGAUGAUCUAUGUGCGUGUGGUCGUCGACACCUACUUUAUGUUCUUCAACGAUGCAGUCGGUUGGCGAUUUUUGGAAAAUCUGCUAAUGCUGCCCGCCUACUUGGAGAUCCCAUCGCUUUUGCUUACAUCACAAAAGUGCAUGAAUGAGGUCAAAUUCAUAGCAUUUGAGCUGCAUAAUAUACGGAGCUCCGUGGAUAACUCACUUAUAUCGAUUCAGAUACAAAAUUUCUCACUACAAAUUUUACAUCAGAAAAUACGUAUUGAUGGCUUGGGUAUAUCGGCUUUGGAUGGUAAAAUGUUAGUUAGUGUAAGUCUAAGCUACAAAAAAUAUACCAAAAAGCACAUGCUAAAAUACAUACAAAUACUCACAAUAUGCAACUUAAGAAUAGAAAAAAAAAAAUAUAUAUAUAUAUAUUUAUAUAUGUGUAUAUUCAAAACGAUUUUUUACCAAAACCAUUAUUUAUCGAAUGUAUGUGUUUUGCAUUUUCAUAAUCUAGUACAUAAUUAAUUAUUAUUUAUAGGCACAUAAAUUUUUAAAUUACAGAUUUUGGGUUCGAUUACAACGUACAUGGUGUUCUUUAUACAAUUUAUGCCGAAAUUUAAAAAUUUAUAAAUUCAACGAAAUGCAUACACACAUGCAUAUGUAUGUAUGUAUACAUAUAUGUAAGUCAAUCAGCUGGAGAAGGAAACAUGAACUUAACAUCUUAUUUACAUGGAUAUUUUACGGUGCAAAUUUCAAAUACUACGACAUUUGCAAAUCUUAAUUUAAAUUUUACUUAAAAUAACGACAAAUUAUUACAUACUUUUUUUCCACUACAUACUAAUACGAAAAGUACACGAUUAAACGCCUUAAUUAUAGUAUGUAUGUAUAUAUAAAGGUAUAAAGUUUCGAUAUAUGUAUGGGUAGAAGAAGCAUUUGCGUGUGUUUCAAAAGCUAUAUAUAUGUACGAGCAUAUAUAUAAAAUAAAAUACAAAGAAAAGCGAAUUUUUGAAAACACUAAAU